UAUAAAACUUAUACGCAAGGUUUGAAUUAGCCGCCAUAUAAGAGAUAGUGUUAACAACUCUAAAGAAAAUAAAUUUUCAAAACUCCCUUCGUUUUUACAUCUCUUUGUAUUUUAACGGAAAAUAAUUUUUUUUUUUUAACUUUCAACGUGUAAAAAAAUUAUUAGUACUGAAAAUAUAUUUGCAAAAAUAAGAUAUUGCUCCAAGUUAACAUGGUUUUUGGACCGCCUAAACGACGUUUGCUCAUCUUCGAUUUCGAUGAGACGCUGAUUUCAGUGGAUUCGAUUUCCCUCCUACGCGACUUACUGCCAUUAUACCGCCGGCCAAAAAGACCCAAAAGAGCAAAAGAUGGCAAAGUCACGUACCUAAACACAAUAUUUGGGGAGUUGCGUGCCAUGGGUUACACAUCGACCGAACUGCGCCGCCUCGUAGCGGCUAUACCGCCAGUACCGAGUAUUGUGGACUUUAUAAAACAUCUUUACGAAUCGUGUGAUCCCAAAUAUGACAUAAUCAUUAUUAGCGAUAGUAAUUUGAUAUUCAUCAAAGAUUGGUUAGCCCAUAAUUUGUUGAGCAAAUGUUUUAGGGAAAUUUUCGCAAAUCCCUCAUAUGUGGUAAGUAGCGAUGGUAUACGCGUGGAGCCGCUACAAAACACCAAUUGUCCUUUGGGUCCACCUAAUCUCUGCAAGCGUGACAUUUUGGAAAAAUAUCUAGCGAAACGCCAGGGUGUGGGCGUAAAUUAUGAGCGUGUGAUUUUCGUUGCUGACGGCGCUAAUGACUAUUGUCCAACGCUAAUUAUGCGCAGGGAUGAUAUUGUGUGCGCGCGCAAGGGUAAAGAUUUGGAAAGGAAAAUACGUUGCAAUCGGCAAAAGUGUAAAGUUCGGCCAUUGGUAUUGUUAUGGAGCAGUGGUCACGAUUUAUUGACUCUGCUGGAGACAGCGUUAGAUUGUGUGGCCAUUUCAUGCAUAUAAGUGUAGCGGGCGAUUGUAAAGGAUAGAAAUAAAUAUUAUAAAAUAAAAUUAAACAAUUAAAAUAAAUUUGGAGUGUGUGUAUAUAAAAAACUAAA